CUGGUAACCCGCCCCCCAGUCUGGCGACCAGUGACUCGAGUCGAGUCGCGAGUGGAAGGUUUGCAAGUUUUGAAGGCUCGAGAUGCACACUGGUUGCUUUUGUUCACUUCCCUGUGUCAUUGGGAUAACUGGAAGUCUCCCAGAGGACAGGGAACAAUUCAACACCCGUGAACACAUGCCGCCUUUAGUCCGCAUUGCAAGGUGACAGUACUUCAUCAUUGCAGCAAACAUUUGCUUUGUUAUUCAAAAAAGAAUGAACCAUGAUGAAGCUUCUGGCAACAACAUUCUUCUUGGCCGUCCAGGUUUAUGCUCAGCCAGGUCCCAAGACAGAAAGUCAAAAGAAGCAAGAACGGUUCUACAUGUGCAUUCGAUCUAUUGAGAAGGCAAACAAAGAUGGUAACGACUUGCUCACAAGGUCCGAGUACCAGCCCUUUAUCAAACAACUAUCAGUGGAAAUGUUUGAUGACUCCAUCUUGUACGACGAUGAACUUCCGAGGGACCUUGGACAACUAUAUAAGUAUCUCAUAUUGGAAAGUGGAGCUGGAGAAGAUGAUAAUGCAAUCAACAUAUAUGGUGCUUCAACCAUGAAACUUGCUUUCAUCAGUCAAGAUCGAACUAAUCAGCUAAAAACUGUUUGUCAGAUCGUAAUGAAAGGGUUGGCAAAGCUGGGACCUCAAACUCAUGCUCCCGUUCAAAUGGCGGUGGAGUUUCUCACAGAGGAAGAGUCUGAAGAAGAGGAAGAAGAUGACAGUUCAGAAGAGGAAGAAGAUGACAGCUCAGUAGAAGAGGAAGAAGACGACAUGGACACUGCAAUGGUAUCUGUGCAUUCCUCAUUCGUUCUAUACAACAAUCAGAGUCUCGCAGAAGAUGACUUGGAUAUCGGACAAGAUAGUGUUCUUUAUGCAUCCUUUGUCGACUUUGUCCGUGAUCUCAUGGACACUGUUUGUGACAUUGGAAUCCCUUGCCCUGAAAACAAAACUCAGUCUUGGAACUCCACUCACAGCCGUCGCCUCUGCGGAGACUGGGAUCGUUUGCGCCGCAAACUCUGCGGUGGAUUGGAUCGUCGAAGACUUGGUGGCAUCAUUGACAGUGCCGAUCUCUACGAAGUCAAAGUCAUGGAAUGUCCAGACGAGUACAAACAAAAUGGCGAUCAUGAAGACUUCCCACAAUGCCACACAAUCUAUUCUCUCUACGAUGUUCUCGUUGAAAAGCCAACGGAUGUGGAGUUCAAAGCUGUAGAAGAAAACUACUUGGCAGUGACAGAUCAGGGCAUUGCGGAUGGAAUGCUUCAAGAUAGCUUGCAGCAGAUUGAUCCCAACACUCCUUUCCAGGUUAUUGGACCUGGCAAGAACCGCCACCCCAAGGAAGCAUGAAUCGCGUUUUCAGAAUGGAAUCAACCAGGCCACAAACUAGCUCUAGGCCUGAUGCAGACUAAGAAAUGCUUGGAUUUUCAGGCUUCGAAUUAUUAGUAGACUAUGCAGGUUUAAAAGUAUAGAACAAAAAGCAAAGAAUGGG